CCGGCGUCCCGGGAGCGCCGUGGGCGGUGCCACCGGAAGCGCGGCGCGGGCUACUUCCGGCUGUGUGCGAGCCCCAGGAGGAGGUGAGCCCGCGAGCCUGUACCCCGACGAGACAAGAUGGCCGGGCUGCCCCGCAGGAUCAUCAAGGAAACCCAGCGCUUGCUGGCAGAGCCAGUCCCUGGGAUAAAAGCAGAGCCAGAUGAAAGCAACGCACGUUAUUUUCAUGUGGUCAUUGCAGGUCCACAGGAUUCCCCCUUUGAGGGUGGGACAUUUAAACUUGAACUAUUCCUUCCAGAAGAAUAUCCAAUGGCAGCUCCUAAAGUACGUUUCAUGACCAAAAUUUAUCAUCCUAAUGUAGACAAGCUGGGAAGAAUAUGUUUAGAUAUUUUGAAAGAUAAAUGGUCCCCAGCUUUGCAGAUUCGUACAGUCCUGCUAUCAAUCCAGGCUUUGUUAAGUGCUCCCAAUCCAGAUGAUCCACUAGCAAAUGAUGUAGCUGAGCAAUGGAAGACCAAUGAAGCCCAAGCCAUAGAAACAGCCAGAGCAUGGACUAGGCUAUAUGCCAUGAAUAAUAUUUAAAUGCGCUUUGAACAUCAAGUGUGCAUCACUUCUCCUGUUCUGCCAAGACCUCUUCCUUUUUUGUUUGCAUUUAAUGGACACAGUCUUAGAAACAUUACAGAAUAAAAGCCCAGACAUCUUCAGUCCUUUGGUGAUUAAAUGCACAUUAGCAAAUCUGUGUCUUGUCCUAAUUCACUAUUGUACCGCAUGAGCAGAGGCUAGAAGUAUCAUCUGGAUUGUUGUGAAAUUGUUUAAAAGCAGCAGCACAUCUCUGCUUUUAAUCAUUUUUCUCAUCAUGGUUUAAGUAUAAGCACUGUGAAUGAAGGUAGGCAGGGUUAGCUGCGGGGCUUUUUGUUUUAAUUUUGUGGGCUCCUCUUCCCUUUUUAUGGUGAUGCUAAUUGCAUUGAUAAAAGCAGCUAACGAGUUAUACUUUAGAAUAUACCCUCUAGCCCAGUCUAACUUAGACGCUGUAGAUGGACAAGCUUCAUUGUUUGAACAAAAAAUGGGAACAUUAAACAUCCAUCACCUUCACUAAUAAUAUUGUGAAUCUGCUGUCAAGUGUAGAAAAAUCCCUCCAAGAAAAAGCUUGUGACCAUUUUGUAUGGCUUGUCUGGAGAAUCUCCUGUAAAUCUUAUGUUUUAGUAAAAUAUUUUUUGUUAUUCUACUUUGCCUUUGUACAGUUUAUUUUGCUGUGUUUUCAUUUCUCUAAUGUGACAAUCGUAUUUAAAAAAAUUGAAACCAGGAUUGACAAUUUGUCUUCACCAGUCUGACACUUUAAAUAGUAAAGAGGUGGAAUUCACAAGAUUAUUUUUUUGCUUCUGUUUGCUGACUUUUUUUUAUUAGCUUGUGUUAUGUGGGUGACCUUACACGGCCAAUUAAAUGUGGAAUUGCAUUUGAAGUGACGUUUAGAAACAAGUCUCUGAUGUAAUGAUUGUAACUGUAAUUUUAGUAAUGCAUUGAUACGCAUUUUCAUGGAAAUAACCAUGAUCAAGCAGGAGGUUGAGAGCAAAUGACAGCACUAAUUGUGAGUAUCUGCAUAACUUCUCUUUGCUGAUUGUCAUCAUUUGUCAGGCUAUGCGGUUUUCAAAGUUCUUUGAUUCCUUCCCUCUAUUAACAUAAAAUACCAGUGUGUAGAACCAUUGUUACAGCCAGCUUGUGCAUUGAUGUUUGCUUAACCACUUAGAGCUAGGGCCUCAUAGCACUGGUUUGUUGUUUUUUUUUCUGUAAGCCCUUUUUUAAGCUACUUGCUUGAGCCACUGGUCUGUUUAAAUAGCAACAAAGCUUCUUUAUUGGAGGGAAGGAAAGUGAUUAAAAACUUCCUUCUUGUCCUUGUUUCUUGUCUAUGCAUUUUGUCUGGGAGUCUAGCAUCCUUUCUGGGAACCCAUUUUAUUGCUUCCCUUUUGAUUUCUUCUAUUCCUUAUAGCCUCUCCUUUUAAAAAAACAACCCCCAAAACCUAAAAGUUUCUGGUUAUGCCAACCUGAAAUGUAUGAAUGAAUGAGAGGUUGCAGUCAGGAGUGUUUUGUCAUGCAGUUCAGGGGUAUGGCCACGUGGUCUGCUGGUAUUAUCCCUCUUUUACCACUUAUUACUCUGUCAUCUGAAAUUUCUAUAGAAUGUAGUGUAUUUAUUGUGCUCUUCUGUAAUAUGAAGAAUAUCUAUUAAAAUUACAUUUUCCAGGAGACAGCGCUUUCAGUGGUUAGCAGCCAGUAUUGCCCCUCAAAGAAAUCGUAGAAUUGGCUGGGUUGAAAGGGACCUCAGAGAUCAUCAAGUCCAACCCUUGAUCCACUACUGCUGCAGUUAUCAGACCAUGGCACUGAGUGCCACAUCCAGUUUCUGAUCUUGUAACAUGGUUGAAACUUGGCUCAGAAUUCAGCUUUUUCACCAGACUGAGCUUUAAAAAAGAACAAGCAACCCCCUCAAAACUUAAAAGAGUAGUCUGUGUGUUGAAUGUAAGCCAAAGUUGCAUUUAGGGCUUUCAACAAAUUGUUUUUUGUUGGGAGUGGGAAAGCAGCAUUAACCCUGCCUUAUAAAUGAGCAUGUGCUUGGGUUUAGCUGCCAUACAUCCCCUGUGUGCCACCGGCAUGGGCAGCUCUUGGGGCAGGCAGCUGAGAGCAUGUGAGCUGUGCAGUAGACCCUGGAUUCACCUCACCUACCUCUUAAAGCUUUACCUUUACACUAUGUAUGGAGCUUUCCUCGGCUCCUUCUCUACCCCCAGGGAUAGAGGACAGUCAGGCCCAAGUAAGCACCCCCUCUGAGCUUAGCCUUACCUUCCCUGGGUAGCAAAAAAGAACGUGAGCUGGAAUUUCAGAUGAGUUAACUUCAGAUUAGGGGGGAGAUUAAUCCAGGCCCAAGGUGAUCUAGCAGAUGGAUAGGUGUUUGUAUGUUCAGGGCUUAAAAUCCAGCUAGAGUUGGCAGCUAAUCAGAGGUUGUAAUUAAAAAUUGAGUAAGUUCUUGAUGGAAUACUGUUAAUAUACUUACAGAAAAAAAAAUACUCUGCCUCCAUUUUUAGUGACUGAAUAAAAUGGAGUUUAGAACUGUUUGAGUACACAGUAGCCAGUGUGUGUCUGGGUUCUUUAAUUAAUCUCAACAAAUUUAAGAUUUUGUUAAAAGAAGUCCAUGCUGUCUGAGUUUGAACACAUGUAUUCAUAGUGAUGGUGUAUCUGAAAUUAAUGGUGUAAAAGGGAUAGGUAAAAUACUGCACACCUGAGAGUAUUUUCAAAUUAUAGUUGCAAUGAAGGAAACUUUAAAUGGGCUUCCUAAAAACUAAAAUGUGUUUGUCGUCGGGUCUAUUCAGGAAUACUUUAAUAAUUUUAAUUAUAUAUGGUAAAUAAUAUAUGUAUUUAACACUCAAACCUGAUUUAGGAGCCCUGUAUAAAGCCAAGCUGGAAAUUUAAUUCUGUCUUAUGUUGGGGAGUGUUGGAAACUUUUAUACUAAAUUCUUUGAAGCCAGUUAGAUGUAAUUUUUUCCUCGGUAUAUUCACAGCCAUUAUCUGAAACUCAAAAAGUUUUAUUUUUGUUACAUCUCCCACUACAGCUGGUUAGCAGAUGCAGCUACCCAUCUUUCAGGGAGUGUUCAGAAUCUCCAUUUUUAGUGGGUGUCCGCUGGAUAAAUUUAUAAUUCCUCCAGCAUAAUAAUGAGUAGUACGUGUCAAAAGUCCAGAAAUCCUGAGCAAGAAUGGUGACGUUGCAGUUUUGCAUGUUAGUUUCUGGGUAGUCCAUUACGUGGACUCUAAAACCACACUUCUGCAGUUCACCUCAGAUCAGGAGGAGGAUUUGGAAGGCUUUUAUUUUUGCGUAACCGUACGGUAGUGCUCUGUUGCUGUGUAGCCAUGUUCAGCCAUGGGUGUGAAGUACAUUAUCACCGGGAACUGAUGGGAGAGGGUUUUGUAUCUUAGCUGACUUUAGUCUAAACCAAGUGAAACGUUGCUUCUGUAGCUUUCAAGAAAGUGUAUUUCCAACACAUUGAGAUCAUUGUGAAACACCUUAAUGGACUAGUAUCGUAAAACAUUGUGACACCUCUAUUUAUGUACAUUCCCUCUUGGGAUUUUUUUUUUGUUUUGAGGGUUAAAAUGUCUGGUAGGUUUGUCAAUAACAUGUCUUGACUGUAAUGUAAUAUGACACUGAAAUAAAAGGAAGAGUGAUUAUUCA